UGCUUCCGGUACCUGCUGCGGACUUCAGACCCAUGUUAAGUGAACAUUGGCGGCUCCGGGACUGGUUUUCUGUGGCGCAGUGAGUCCAAAGAUAACCUUCAUCAGAAAGGAUGGAGUUGGGAAAAGGAAAACUUCUCAGGAGCGGGCUGAAUACAUUGUAUCAAGCAGUACACCCAGUUCACGGCCUUGCCUGGACAGAUGGGAAUCAGGUAGUCCUGACUGACAUACAGCUUCGGAGUGGAGAGGCCAAGUUUGGGGACUCAAAGGUCAUUGGACAAUUUGAACAUGUGUAUGGGGUGGCCUGGGCCCCACCUGGUACAGCUGACACACCCCCUCUGCUCGCUGUCCAGCACAAGCAGCAUGUCACUGUGUGGCAGCUGUGUCCCAGUACUACGGAAACCAGCAAGUGGUUGAUGUCUCCAACCUGUGAGAUUAGAGAAUCAUACCCUGUCCUUCCCCAAGGCUGUAUGUGGCACCCAAAAAGAGCUGUGCUGACUGUGUUGACUGCACAGGAUGUCUCCAUUUUCCAUAAUGUUCACUGUGAUAGUUCCCGAGUAAAAGUGGACAGCAACACCCAGGGCCUUAUUCAUUGCGCAUGUUGGACCCAGGAUGGCCAGAGGCUGGUGGUGGCUGUAGGCAGCGGCCUACAUUCUUAUAUUUGGGACAGUGCUCAGAAGACUCUUCAGAGGUGCUCCUUCUGCUCAGUAUUUGAUAUGGACAGCGAUGUGCGCUCCAUCAGAGCCACUGUGGACUCACAGGUCGUCAUAGCCACUGAACUUCCGAUGAAGAAGAUUUGUAGCUUAAAUGCAUCUGAAACACUUGACAUACCACCUGGUAAUGAAGACACUUGUCUGUGUACUUCACCAGUUACUGAUGAGGUGCCCUGUGUGGAUAAGGGGGUAGCCCCUUCUGGAACAAAUUCCAAUGAAGACACUUGUCUGUAUAUUUCACCAGUUACUGAUGAGGUGCCCUCUGUGGAUAAGGGGGCAGUCCCUUCUGGAACAAAUUCCGACACAUCAGUUUCUCCUUUUUCAGAUCCUCUGGAUCUAACUCACAUACAUUUCAAUAGCUCUAAAUCUGAGGAUAAUGUCCUUAUGUGUCUAAGAAAAAAGGACUACCUGACAGGAACUGGUUUGGAUUCUUCACAUUUGGUCCUUGUGACCUUUGAGAAAAAGGUUACCCAGACCAGAAAAGUCACCAUUCCAGGCAUUCUGGUUCCUGAUCUAAUAGCAUUUAAUCACAAAGCACAGGUUGUGGCAGUGGCUUCCAAUGCUUGUAACGUAAUUUUAAUCUAUUCUGUCAUUCCAUCGUUUAUGCCAAACAUCCAGCAAAUUCAGUUAGAGAGCAGUGAAAGACCAAAAGGCAUAUGUUUCUUGACAGAUAAAAUAUUAUUAAUUUUGGUAGGAAAACAACAAUCCACUGAUUUGACAUUUCUUCCUUCUUCAAAGACUGAUGAGUAUGUCAUUCGCUUGAUUGUUAGAGAAGUAAUGUUGGAAGAGGAAUUUCCAGUAACAUUGAGUGAAAACCAGAGUGGCUACUCUACUUUCAGUACUCUGUUAAAGAAAGCAGAGAGAAAAAUACUAAUCGACAGUUUUUCCCCAGAUAUUUGUCACCGAAACAGAGAGCUCUUGUUAACAGCUAAUAGCUGUAGUCAAGGUGGAAGGCCCGGAAGUACCUUUAUUAAAGACAGUCCUCCAUUCAGUGUCUGUGAUGACUCCAUAGCCCUGGAAACUCCAGGUGCCGAGCCUGCUAACCAGUCAGUGUCGCUGCACAAAACCAGCAGCACACCAGACUGCACCAGCACCCCAGAACCUCCUAAUUUUCCUCAAAGAAAGAACUUACACCGGGAAAAGGAAACUUAUCAGCCCUCUAAGGAACUGGAAGUUUUAUCUAGAAAACUGAUUGAAAUACAACGAUGUCUUUCUGAACUUACAGACUUCCUACGUAAUGGAAAGAAAUCCUCUCCAGUAUAUCCCCUCUCUCAGGAUCUGCCUUAUGUCCACAUCUCUUACCAGAAACAUUACUAUGUAGGAUCUGUUGUUGAAAAAAGAGACAUGCUUCUCUGCAAUGGCAAACUAAGGCUCAGUACAGUUCAGCAGACUUUUGGCCUCUCUCUUAUUGAAAUGCAGCAUGACUCCCGCUGGAUCCUUCUCUCUGCUGAUAGUGAAGGCUUCAUUCCAUUAACUUUCACAGCCACACAGGAAAUAAUCAUAAGAGAUGGCGGCAGCUCCAGGUCAAAUAUCUUCAGAGACUCUUUAUCUCAGAGUCUUGAUUCUGGUCCUUCUCUUGAAGUCUUUAGAAGCCUGGCAGCCCAAAGUUUAGAUUCCAUCUAGGCAGUAUGGCCUGAUACUUGUUUGUAGAGUAUUUGCUGCAUAGCUUUUCAGAUGAGACCAUUACAAACAAGAUCUGUUUUCCACUGUGGACUCUCCCCACUUUCAAUGUCACAGAGGUGAAACACUUGUCAGGUUGGCUUGGCCACUGUCCCUGCUGUUCCCCCAGGCAGAGGCUUGCUGCUCUGUAAGAGCGCAAUGUUUGUUAGAUGGCUCAGAAAGUGCUUGUUUAUGUAUCCAUGAGAGUAGUUUUGUUUAAGGGCAGAAUUCCCAGGACAAGACAAUAUAAUGGCACCGUGUGGGUUUGUUUUAUGGUUUCCCUGAGGCUUUCUGUCCCUAGCCCAGAGCUGUGUUAAAGCUGUCUUAGAAGCUCUUAAAAGGUACCUCAGCAUUGUUGUAGAUCUUUCUCUUGGCUUAAAGAUGAGGGUCAGUAGUGCAUACCCUCCAACAUGUCCUUUUUACCCCAAACCUGCAGGAAUCUACAGAGCUCGAAGGAAGAUAAAAUUUCCAUUGACUGCUACCUCCAGGGCUCCCUAGAACAGGAAUUAUAGUGUCAGCUGGACCUCCCAGAAUUUAAACCUAACCCUCUUGCUUCCUUAGAAAAUCCUGGCUGACUAAGGUCCAGAUAUUCCUAAAAAUUGGCCCUGGGCAAAUUUCAAAUGACAUUUCAAAUUCUUUGACCCUUGUCAACCCCACUUGGGUUUUGCUGAUGUUACUAGUACAAAGCCAAGAACGGAAGAGGUCUAAGGCGUGGGUUUGUGCUCUUGCUUCUCCUGAUUUUCUCCCUGAAAAAAGAAAUUUCCCCCCCAGUUUUGGGAUUAUAAAAAAUACCCUAUUUUUCUCGUAAUCAACUCUUAAAUUGGAACUUUAGUUUGGGUCUUUUUCUUUUCCUUCCAGUCAAGUCUUAGAGACCAGAAUAGAGCCUGUGAGAAAAAAUAUUUCAGAAAGUUGGAAAUUUCACUGAAUCUGAGGUUGUUCUGAAAAGUACCAGUUAUUAUAAAUAUGGGCUAAAAGAUCAGCUUAGCAGAGUGGAAACCACCCUGAUCCCAACUCUCCAUAGACACAGCACUUCUCGCUGCCUUCGAACACAGUUAACAAUUUCAUUUACUGCCGGGGAGCACAUUGGUCUGUGUGUGGCUAGGCAGCGGACACCUGCAGAUGCAUUGUUUCAGCCAUAACGUUCAUUAGCACAUAGGCAUUUCUUCCAUUUCCUUUAAAAUUAUCUGGAAAGAAAUACUUGGUACCCUUGGGGACUCCUGUCUGUCUGUUACAGUUUAUGAAGAUGGAGCUGGGAUAGGAAAGAAGCAGAGGCCCAUUUUGUGGUUCAGAUGCAUUAGAGAGCUGCUGCGGUAAUGGACAUGGAGGCCGCUUGUCUGUAAUCAGUUGCCUGAGAGCUGUGGCUGGGGGCAGUCUGAGGCCUGGCUCCGUUUCCCUGGUGGGACGAAAGCACACUACUGGGAAGCCUGAAGAGGGGGUGGGGGACCCUGAAGUAAGGUCAGGGUGGGUACCUCAGAGUGUAUGUUAUAAUCAGCAUUUCGCUGGUCAGAAUCCUGUGAAUGAGUCUUCAAUAAAAUCACUCAUGGUUGAUGCGACUGUUGUGAAUGUUUUGAUGGUGUCUUCUUUGUGAGUAUGCUGGUAUACAGAAGUGUUCUUGAUUUUAUGUAAGGGUAUGUUGUCUCUGUGUUUCUUCUUCUGGUGGACAUGUCACCAGAAAGGGACCAGGAUUGGAGCGGGUCUGUCCGGGGCUGGCUGGUUGUGUGUAGCUUUUUGACUUUGUGCAGGAAAGAUUUCACCAUCCAAGUCCAGAUAAUUUCGAGAGUACAUUUAUUAAAGCUGGGACUGUGAAACAGAGGAAGGGCCUACAGUAGAAGCAACAUCAGGAGAGAGCCUUGGCAGUGCUCGGCUUUGGCUCUCUAGAAAUACUGUAGGAAAGAAGUGGCCACUCUGGGCUGCAUACUCACUGAGAAGUCAAAGUCACAGUGACAGAAGUGAGCCGAUGUGGGGCUGCUGUCAGCUCACCGGAAAGUCAGAGGAAAGGGGUCCUUGGAGCCAGGUUCAUGGGCUUAGCCUGGGACGAGCUUCUGCUGCCCACUGCUCCCCUGAUUGCAAGUCUCAUGGGGACCCUUAGAAGUAGGAGAGAAAGUAAGGCUACAAGAGAGGAAACAAAGGUGUGGGCCUGCUCCAGAGACA